AUGUCGUCUGUGGAUUUGGACAAGAUAGGAGCCAACAAACUGAAAAAUUGCACAUCUGGAGAGAUGGUUGAAAUCGAUUCGCUGUGGCAUGAUCAGACAUCCAUUCUCUUCUUCCUGCGGAGGUUUGGUUGUCAGGUGUGCUGGUGGAUGGCAGCGGAGGUCAGUAAACUGGAAAAGGACCUGAAAACAAACAGUAUCGCUCUGAUCGGCAUCGGACCUGAGGAGACAGGAGUGAAGGAAUUCAAGGAUGGAGGAUUCUUCAAGGGAGACAUCUACAUUGAUGAGAAAAAUCAGUGCUACAAAGAUUUAGGCUUAAAAAGGUACAAUGCCAUAAAUGUGGUGGGGAAGAAAGUACGGGAAAUUGCUUCAAAGGCUAGCACCAAAGGAAUUCAUGGGAACUUCAGCGGAGAUCUUCUGCAGAGUGGAGGCAUGCUUAUAGUUGCUAAAGGUGGAGAGAAGGUUCUGCUGCAUUUUGUCCAGAAAACACCAGCGGACAGCACGUCUCUUGAUGACAUCACCAAAGCUCUCAGGAUCUCAGCCAACGUCCAGGCUGGUGAAAAGCCACAGUGCAAUGAUGAAGUUUGCACAAGAUAUAGGAUUCUGUGUUCUUCAGGGGACGCCACUGAACAUGACCAUAAUAUGGACAGUGACUCCUACCCAGUGAUAUUUUUCCCCCUAGUCUGA